AUGUUAUUCAAAUUUUGUGGUCUUUAUAAAGAAUUAGAUUUACGUUAUUGUUCAUUAUCAAUCUUUCGUCAUUUUUCUCAUGAAAUAAUAAUGAAAGAUGAAUGGCGUUUAAAUUUAACCACUUUAAAAAUAGGUAAUCCAUACCGAUGUCCUCAAAUGACCAUAUUAGCCGAUGAAGUGAUAAAGUUAUUUAUGAAAAAUUCUUUUAUAAGAAAAGAUAAUCAGAACAAUAAUUCAUUAACUUUACUCCGUAUGAUGAAGUCAUUGAAGAAGAAAAAUGUGGAAUCAUUAUUUCCUCAAUUAAAUACUUUGAUUGUUUUUCAGAAUAUAACAAUGGAUGAAAAUUGUCGAGAUAUAUUUCUAUAUGGUAUUGCUUGUGGGUCAAGUUUACGCACAUUAAAAUGGAGAACUUGUUCCUAUCAAACUCACCAUUCGAAAUCAUUUUUUGAUUGGUUAUUUCAGCGCUCCAUUAGUCUACAAAAGUAUCAUUUCGAAAAUACGUUAGGUGAAAGUGGUUUUGAACUUUCUUAUCAUCAUACAUUGAUUAACAAUUAUCAAUUUCAUCAAUCACUUCUUGAUCUUAAGAUCAAUAUUUUGAAUUUAUCAACAUUAUUUGUAUUACUUCAUUAUCUUCCCAAACUUCAAUGGCUUGAUGUUCAUAUUAGCGAUCCUAUUGAAGCAAAAAAUGAUCUUGACGAACAUUUGCUAACAACUAUGAAUUAUCCGAUUGAACUUCAUACUGUGAAACUUAGGUCAUUGGAUGUACGUGGACGAGGUUGCUAUGUUUUAGAAAAUCUUCUGUUAAAAUUUCUUCAAUCGCUUGAAUAUUUAUCCAUAUCAAUGUAUCAUCGAUGUGAAAAUGAACCUGAGCUAAAUUAUAAUGGCUAUUCUCUAAGUAUUCUUUGUCGAAAAUUGAUACAUCUUCGAUCAUUUCAUUUCGCUAUUCAAAUACAAAUGUUCGAAAAAGCUGAUGAAGUUAUCGUUCAUAACUUUACAAAAACGUUUACUACACCUUUCUGGCUCAAUGGACCUUUUGGUUGUAAACGAGUGUGCGUGGAUUUCGAACACAUGUGUGGUCGAAUACAAAUGUUUUCUCUCCCAUAUACUUUCAGUGAUAAGAAUUUAAUUCAUUCGACCAAUCUAAUGAAUAUAGAAUUUAAUACUGAUCUAGAAGAAAAUCCCAGAUCAGAAAAUUUAUCUCAAAAACUUGCAACUCUUUGGUUUGGAAUGCACCGCUUAUUUUUACUAUUUGAUAAAGAUCAAACGUUACCAUCAUUAUUUAUCCCAACUUUGCAUUGCCCAUCGAGUCAAGGUAAAACAUUAAUAUUAUCACAAAGGAGAGGAAUUAUGUCAGAAAAUCUAGCAAAUCAAACUCAAUUAACACAUUUUAAUGCACUCAGAUUCUUUGAUUUAAUUGAUACAAAUAGUAAUAAUAAUCUUCAAGAAUUAGUUUCUUGGCUUCAAAUACUUCCAAAUGUUAUUUGCUUAGAAAUUUGUUUGACAGAAUUCAAAUAUUGGCUUACUAAUUAUACGAAUAAUCUACAUCUUUGUUCUUUUUUUCAACGUCUUCAACGACUACAUAUUGAUUGUUCUUCCUUAAUUAAUAGACAAAUGAAUGAAGAAGUUUAUCAUUUAUUUCUUUCAUAUAUCAUUGAUAAAGAUCGUUUUCCACAAUUAAAAUGUUUACGUUUGAAGUGCUGCAAAAAUGUUGGCUCAUCAUGGGAAAAUAUCGAUCAAUGGAUUGGCUUUAUUCUUACUCAUACUAAUGAACACCGUUUAACAUGCGUACGCUUUGAUUUUAUUGAAAAGGAAAAGGAAAAAACUGAAAUGAAUAUAUGUAAUCAAAUAAUGUCAAUUGUUCAACCAUCAUCGAUUAUCGUUGUUCAUCAAUUUGAUGAUCUUAACGAGUAUAAGGAUAAGGGCCACCGUGUCCCAUUUCCAGAAUGUCUGCUAUCUGGUUCCAAACAAAAUUAUCUCGAAUCGUCAUCGUUGGGAGAUUUAUUCAACAAAGCACUCCGUGCUGAAGAAAAAAGCUUAAUGAACGAACGUUAUGAAAACAAGAAGCAUAACUAUGAUGACUUAAUGGAUUAUGAUGCAUACGGAUCAAGAAAGGACUACAGUAAAUCUCGACAAGCUGCUACUGCUGCUGUAAGAUUAACACAAGAUAUCAUGACUGUACUUGCUUGUGAUUUGAAUGGAACAGAUGCCAAGAAUUUAGAUCAUUUUCUUCAAAAAUUCAAAAUGCCCGAAGAAUUCUGUAAAUACCAUGAAAAACCAAACUGUGACCAUCAGAAGAAGUACCGAACAUCAACUGGUAUCUGUAACAAUCUUGAACGGCCUUAUGAAGGAAGUUCCCAAACAGCCUACGCACGUAUCAUCACUGCCGACUACGACGAUCAUCUCAGUAAACCUCGUCGAAAAGCAUAUGGCUAUGGCUUAUUGCCAUCAUGCCGUCAAGUCAGUUUAGCAUUCGGUUCAAAACCAAUCUUCAGCCGCGAAUACAACAACUUCUUUGCCGUUUUUGGACAAUUUAUUGGCCAUGAUAUUUCACUUGCUACACCAGCCACUGAUACAUAUUUAACACCAAUUUCUUCGUGCACGUGUGGCUCGAAAUACGAUUGGAAUAAAUGUACAGUAAUCGAUAUUAAACCCGAUGAUCCAUAUUUACGCGGACAAAAAUGUAUGGCUUUCCCAGCUACAGCCCAAGCAUUCAAAAAUCAAAUCUGCUCACUCGGUGUCAAAGAACAAAUGAAUGGAAAUACACAUAUUCCUGAUUUAUCUAUUCUCUACGGUAAUACCGUACGUACCGCUGCUAUUGUCCGUUCAGGUGAUGGUUUAUUGAAAUCAACACGGACACACUGGUCCAAAUUGGAAAUGCCACCAGCUCAACGUGAAGGAAAAUCCUGCGUUGAUGCCACUUACAAACAACCAUGUUUUGCUGGAGGUGAUUCACGUUUGAUGGUUACUCUUGGCUUCACAUCUGUUCAAACCAUCUUUUUACGUAAACAUAAUGAAUUAGCUCGAGCUUUAAAAGAUUUGAAUCAUCAUUGGGGCAACGACAAAUUGUAUGAAGAAGCUAGAAAGAUCAACAUUGCCUUCUUUCAAGAUAUCUUAUACACAAAAUGGUUACCUCUCCUCUUCAAUACUGAUGAAUUCAAAGAAAUUUUUGGUCAAAUUGGUGAAUCAAGCUAUAACGUAAACAUUCCACCAGUUGUAUUCAAUGAAGUUGCAUCAGCUGCUUUUCGUUUACAUACAUUAGUUCGUGAUUUAUUCAGUCGAUGUACCCCUGAUGGUAAUCGUAUCGAUGAAUUAUGGCUCCAUGACAUUAGUGCCAAAGCCAAAUAUGCCUACGAUAUGGAAAACAAUGGUCUAGAUUCGAUCAUUUGUGGUCUCUUCUACGAUUAUGGUUUUGCUCACGAUGGUAAUUUCGCUCAUCAAAUUCACAAUCGUUUAUUUGAAUCAGUUAACAAAUACGGACAAUUGUGGCGUAAUGAUUUAGUUGCCAUCAACAUCUGCCGUGGUCGAGAACACGGUAUUCGCGGUUACAACGCCUACCGAGAAUACUGCAAGUUACCAAAAGCAUACACCUUCGAAGAUUUUGGUGACACAAUCAAUUAUGAUGGUAUCCAAUUCUUAAAGAAGAACUAUGGUCAUCCAGAAGAUGUUGAUCUAUUUGUUGGCCUCAACUUGGAAGAUACAUUACCCGGUGCUCUCAUUGGUCCUGUUUCAGCAUGUUUGCUUGGCUUGCAAUUCAAAGCUCUUCGCGAUGGUGAUCGAUUAUUUUACUCACAUCCAGGCGUUUUCACACCAGGACAAUUGCAAACAAUUGUAGACUAUCCAUUCCAUUGCUUUAUCUGUUCCGUUGUUGAUAUUGAUAAAGUACCACUUAAUCCGUUCAAACCACCAAAUGACUCUGACAAUGUUUUGAAAUCAUGUAGAGAAUGUGCCGAUUUUGACUUAAGAGAUUGGGUUGAAACACAAUCGGCAUAA